AUGUUCAACGGAAUCCUCAUUUCCGCCGGAGGUUCUUACAGUGUAACUCUACCUAGUGGUGCCACUGUUAUCGUCUCUGGAGCUGCCAUCUCACCAAACCCAAGCAAUCCAGGAAGUGUCCUAGUUGCAUAUGGUGGAUCAGUGCACGUCGUAUUUGUUGUUUCUGCUGCUGGAGGUGCUGGACCUUCAUCCGGUCCUUCUGGAGCUGGACUUAUUUCACCAUCUGGUGGUGCCGGUGGACUGUACGGUCCUGGUGCUGGUGGUGCUGGAGGUGCCGGUCAAUACGGUGCUGGUUCUGGUGCAGGAGUUGGUCCCUCUAUCGACAUUGAUAUUUACUCCGGAGGUGCUGGAGGCGCUGGAGCAGGUAUGUAUGGCUCUGGUGCAGGAGGUGCUGGCGCUGCUGGUGGUGCCGGAGGUGCUGGUGGAUUCAUGUUCAACGGAAUCCUCAUUUCCGCCGGAGGUUCUUACAGUGUAACUCUACCUAGUGGUGCCACUGUUAUCGUCUCUGGAGCUGCCAUCUCACCAAACCCAAGCAAUCCAGGAAGUGUCCUAGUUGCAUAUGGUGGAUCAGUGCACGUCGUAUUUGUUGUUUCUGCUGCUGGAGGUGCUGGACCUUCAUCCGGUCCUUCUGGAGCUGGACUUAUUUCACCAUCUGGUGGUGCCGGUGGACUGUACGGUCCUGGUGCUGGUGGUGCUGGAGGUGCCGGUCAAUACGGUGCUGGUUCUGGUGCAGGAGUUGGUCCCUCUAUCGACAUUGAUAUUUACUCCGGAGGUGCUGGAGGCGCUGGAGCAGGUAUGUAUGGCUCUGGUGCAGGAGGUGCUGGCGCUGCUGGUGGUGCCGGAGGUGCUGGUGGAUUCAUGUUCAACGGAAUCCUCAUUUCCGCCGGAGGUUCUUACAGUGUAACUCUACCUAGUGGUGCCACUGUUAUCGUCUCUGGAGCUGCCAUCUCACCAAACCCAAGCAAUCCAGGAAGUGUCCUAGUUGCAUAUGGUGGAUCAGUGCACGUCGUAUUUGUUGUUUCUGCUGCUGGAGGUGCUGGACCUUCAUCCGGUCCUUCUGGAGCUGGACUUAUUUCACCAUCUGGUGGUGCCGGUGGACUGUACGGUCCUGGUGCUGGUGGUGCUGGAGGUGCCGGUCAAUACGGUGCUGGUUCUGGUGCAGGAGUUGGUCCCUCUAUCGACAUUGAUAUUUACUCCGGAGGUGCUGGAGGCGCUGGAGCAGGUAUGUAUGGCUCUGGUGCAGGAGGUGCUGGCGCUGCUGGUGGUGCCGGAGGUGCUGGUGGAUUCAUGUUCAACGGAAUCCUCAUUUCUGCCAGAGGUUCUUACAGUGUAACUCUACCUAGUGGUGCCACUGUUAUCGUCUCUGGAGCUGCCAUCUCACCAAACCCAAGCAAUCCAGGAAGUGUCCUAGUUGCAUAUGGUGGAUCAGUGCACGUCGUAUUUGUUGUUUCUGCUGCUGGAGGUGCUGGACCUUCAUCCGGUCCUUCUGGAGCUGGACUUAUUUCACCAUCUGGUGGUGCCGGUGGACUGUACGGUCCUGGUGCUGGUGGUGCUGGAGGUGCCGGUCAAUACGGUGCUGGUUCUGGUGCAGGAGUUGGUCCCUCUAUCGACAUUGAUAUUUACUCCGGAGGUGCUGGAGGCGCUGGAGCAGGUAUGUAUGGCUCUGGUGCAGGAGGUGCUGGCGCUGCUGGUGGUGCCGGAGGUGCUGGUGGAUUCAUGUUCAACGGAAUCCUCAUUUCCGCCGGAGGUUCUUACAGUGUAACUCUACCUAGUGGUGCCACUGUUAUCGUCUCUGGAGCUGCCAUCUCACCAAACCCAAGCAAUCCAGGAAGUGUCCUAGUUGCAUAUGGUGGAUCAGUGCACGUCGUAUUUGUUGUUUCUGCUGCUGGAGGUGCUGGACCUUCAUCCGGUCCUUCUGGAGCUGGACUUAUUUCACCAUCUGGUGGUGCCGGUGGACUGUACGGUCCUGGUGUUGGUGGUGCUGGAGGUGCCGGUCAAUACGGUGCUGGUUCUGGUGCAGGAGUUGGUCCCUCUAUCGACAUUGAUAUUUACUCCGGAGGUGCUGGAGGUGCUGGAGCAGGUAUGUAUGGCUCUGGUGCAGGAGGUGCUGGCGCUGCUGGUGGUGCCGGAGGUGCUGGUGGAUUCAUGUUCAACGGAAUCCUCAUUUCCGCCGGAGGUUCUUACAGUGUAACUCUACCUAGUGGUGCCACUGUUAUCGUCUCUGGAGCUGCCAUCUCACCAAACCCAAGCAAUCCAGGAAGUGUCCUAGUUGCAUAUGGUGGAUCAGUGCACGUCGUAUUUGUUGUUUCUGCUGCUGGAGGUGCUGGACCUUCAUCCGGUCCUUCUGGAGCUGGACUUAUUUCACCAUCUGGUGGUGCCGGUGGACUGUACGGUCCUGGUGCUGGUGGUGCUGGAGGUGCCGGUCAAUACGGUGCUGGUUCUGGUGCAGGAGUUGGUCCCUCUAUCGACAUUGAUAUUUACUCCGGAGGUGCUGGAGGCGCUGGAGCAGGUAUGUAUGGCUCUGGUGCAGGAGGUGCUGGCGCUGCUGGUGGUGCCGGAGGUGCUGGUGGAUUCAUGUUCAACGGAAUCCUCAUUUCCGCCGGAGGUUCUUACAGUGUAACUCUACCUAGUGGUGCCACUGUUAUCGUCUCUGGAGCUGCCAUCUCACCAAACCCAAGCAAUCCAGGAAGUGUCCUAGUUGCAUAUGGUGGAUCAGUGCACGUCGUAUUUGUUGUUUCUGCUGCUGGAGGUGCUGGACCUUCAUCCGGUCCUUCUGGAGCUGGACUUAUUUCACCAUCUGGUGGUGCCGGUGGACUGUACGGUCCUGGUGCUGGUGGUGCUGGAGGUGCCGGUCAAUACGGUGCUGGUUCUGGUGCAGGAGUUGGUCCCUCUAUCGACAUUGAUAUUUACUCCGGAGGUGCUGGAGGCGCUGGAGCAGGUAUGUAUGGCUCUGGUGCAGGAGGUGCUGGCGCUGCUGGUGGUGCCGGAGGUGCUGGUGGAUUCAUGUUCAACGGAAUCCUCAUUUCUGCCGGAGGUUCUUACAGUGUAACUCUACCUAGUGGUGCCACUGUUAUCGUCUCUGGAGCUGCCAUCUCACCAAACCCAAGCAAUCCAGGAAGUGUCCUAGUUGCAUAUGGUGGAUCAGUGCACGUCGUAUUUGUUGUUUCUGCUGCUGGAGGUGCUGGACCUUCAUCCGGUCCUUCUGGAGCUGGACUUAUUUCACCAUCUGGUGGUGCCGGUGGACUGUACGGUCCUGGUGCUGGUGGUGCUGGAGGUGCCGGUCAAUACGGUGCUGGUUCUGGUGCAGGAGUUGGUCCCUCUAUCGACAUUGAUAUUUACUCCGGAGGUGCUGGAGGCGCUGGAGCAGGUAUGUAUGGCUCUGGUGCAGGAGGUGCUGGCGCUGCUGGUGGUGCCGGAGGUGCUGGUGGAUUCAUGUUCAACGGAAUCCUCAUUUCCGCCGGAGGUUCUUACAGUGUAACUCUACCUAGUGGUGCCACUGUUAUCGUCUCUGGAGCUGCCAUCUCACCAAACCCAAGCAAUCCAGGAAGUGUCCUAGUUGCAUAUGGUGGAUCAGUGCACGUCGUAUUUGUUGUUUCUGCUGCUGGAGGUGCUGGACCUUCAUCCGGUCCUUCUGGAGCUGGACUUAUUUCACCAUCUGGUGGUGCCGGUGGACUGUACGGUCCUGGUGCUGGUGGUGCUGGAGGUGCCGGUCAAUACGGUGCUGGUUCUGGUGCAGGAGUUGGUCCCUCUAUCGACAUUGAUAUUUACUCCGGAGGUGCUGGAGGCGCUGGAGCAGGUAUGUAUGGCUCUGGUGCAGGAGGUGCUGGCGCUGCUGGUGGUGCCGGAGGUGCUGGUGGAUUCAUGUUCAACGGAAUCCUCAUUUCCGCCGGAGGUUCUUACAGUGUAACUCUACCUAGUGGUGCCACUGUUAUCGUCUCUGGAGCUGCCAUCUCACCAAACCCAAGCAAUCCAGGAAGUGUCCUAGUUGCAUAUGGUGGAUCAGUGCACGUCGUAUUUGUUGUUUCUGCUGCUGGAGGUGCUGGACCUUCAUCCGGUCCUUCUGGAGCUGGACUUAUUUCACCAUCUGGUGGUGCCGGUGGACUGUACGGUCCUGGUGCUGGUGGUGCUGGAGGUGCCGGUCAAUACGGUGCUGGUUCUGGUGCAGGAGUUGGUCCCUCUAUCGACAUUGAUAUUUACUCCGGAGGUGCUGGAGGCGCUGGAGCAGGUAUGUAUGGCUCUGGUGCAGGAGGUGCUGGCGCUGCUGGUGGUGCCGGAGGUGCUGGUGGAUUCAUGUUCAACGGAAUCCUCAUUUCCGCCGGAGGUUCUUACAGUGUAACUCUACCUAGUGGUGCCACUGUUAUCGUCUCUGGAGCUGCCAUCUCACCAAACCCAAGCAAUCCAGGAAGUGUCCUAGUUGCAUAUGGUGGAUCAGUGCACGUCGUAUUUGUUGUUUCUGCUGCUGGAGGUGCUGGACCUUCAUCCGGUCCUUCUGGAGCUGGACUUAUUUCACCAUCUGGUGGUGCCGGUGGACUGUACGGUCCUGGUGCUGGUGGUGCUGGAGGUGCCGGUCAAUACGGUGCUGGUUCUGGUGCAGGAGUUGGUCCCUCUAUCGACAUUGAUAUUUACUCCGGAGGUGCUGGAGGCGCUGGAGCAGGUAUGUAUGGCUCUGGUGCAGGAGGUGCUGGCGCUGCUGGUGGUGCCGGAGGUGCUGGUGGAUUCAUGUUCAACGGAAUCCUCAUUUCCGCCGGAGGUUCUUACAGUGUAACUCUACCUAGUGGUGCCACUGUUAUCGUCUCUGGAGCUGCCAUCUCACCAAACCCAAGCAAUCCAGGAAGUGUCCUAGUUGCAUAUGGUGGAUCAGUGCACGUCGUAUUUGUUGUUUCUGCUGCUGGAGGUGCUGGACCUUCAUCCGGUCCUUCUGGAGCUGGACUUAUUUCACCAUCUGGUGGUGCCGGUGGACUGUACGGUCCUGGUGCUGGUGGUGCUGGAGGUGCCGGUCAAUACGGUGCUGGUUCUGGUGCAGGAGUUGGUCCCUCUAUCGACAUUGAUAUUUACUCCGGAGGUGCUGGAGGCGCUGGAGCAGGUAUGUAUGGCUCUGGUGCAGGAGGUGCUGGCGCUGCUGGUGGUGCCGGAGGUGCUGGUGGAUUCAUGUUCAACGGAAUCCUCAUUUCCGCCGGAGGUUCUUACAGUGUAACUCUACCUAGUGGUGCCACUGUUAUCGUCUCUGGAGCUGCCAUCUCACCAAACCCAAGCAAUCCAGGAAGUGUCCUAGUUGCAUAUGGUGGAUCAGUGCACGUCGUAUUUGUUGUUUCUGCUGCUGGAGGUGCUGGACCUUCAUCCGGUCCUUCUGGAGCUGGACUUAUUUCACCAUCUGGUGGUGCCGGUGGACUGUACGGUCCUGGUGCUGGUGGUGCUGGAGGUGCCGGUCAAUACGGUGCUGGUUCUGGUGCAGGAGUUGGUCCCUCUAUCGACAUUGAUAUUUACUCCGGAGGUGCUGGAGGCGCUGGAGCAGGUAUGUAUGGCUCUGGUGCAGGAGGUGCUGGCGCUGCUGGUGGUGCCGGAGGUGCUGGUGGAUUCAUGUUCAACGGAAUCCUCAUUUCCGCCGGAGUGUCCUAG